CCUGCAUUAGAGGUUGUUUUAGUGUUGUGCUCGGCACUUAGAGCCACCUCUAGCGUAUCAUCGCGCCGUUUGGAAGUGUUCCAGGUUUUUAUGAUCUGUCCAAAUCUCGAAGGGGUGUCGUGCGCCUUCGAGGUAGUGAUUCCAAUGUUCCAACGCUUUGAUUAUAGCCAAGAGUUCCCGGUCGUGAACGUUGUAAUUUCGCUCUGCUGGUGA